AUGUCGGUUCCGACAUGUGUUUUUCUCCUCCAGCUGGCUUCAUCUGUGGCGGCUCCCCUUGCGUGUGAGAAGAGGGUGGCCUAUCUGGAUGCUGAGGUCCGGAGUCUGAAGAACGUGAUCGACCAGCAGCACAGCUACAUCAUGGAGCUGCAGAGCAGACAGUCACAGCAGCUGCUGCGCAUCCCCAACACCCACCUGGGCCUGCAGAACCUCUACAGAGACUGCUCUGAGGUGUACGCAGAUGGAAACGUGGCGAGCGGGCUCUACGUGAUCCGACCGGACGGCUCGCCCACGGAGCUGAAAGUCUACUGCGACAUGAACAACGGAGGAGGGUGGACCGUCUUCCAGAGGAGGAAGGACGGGAAGGAGAGCUUCGACAGGACCUGGGCAGAGUACAGUCAUGGCUUCGGGGAUUCCUACUCCCCUGACGGCGAGUUCUGGUUGGGGAACCAGCCUCUUCACCUCCUCACCUCUCAAGGAAACUACGACCUGCACAUCAACACCGAGGACUUGGAGGGGAACCAGCGCUUCGCCGAGUACAAGAACUUCAGAGUGGACGAUGAGAAGGACCAGUACCAGGUCCACGUGGGUGAGUAUUCUGGGACGGCUGGCGACGCUCUGGCCGACGCUCGCGGCCUGGAUCCAAACAGUCCCUGCAAGGGCGGGAUCAAGUUCAGCACCUACGACCACCCCGGGUACAACGAGGUCGACAGCCAACGCUGCGUCCGCUACUCCAAGUCCGGCUGGUGGUUCUGCAGGUGCGGCUCAGAUAACGAGGAGGAGCAGCACUUCAAAGGUCCGUUUGAGGCGAUGAGCGACGACGGCGUGGCCUGGUACGUCUGGCACGGCUGGUCCUACGCCAUCAGGUCCGUGGUGAUGAUGGUCCGAGCCGCCGACCUCCAGCAACUUCCGCCUGGCGCAGAGCAGCGGGCGCCGCCGCUCGACCCUACCAUGGUCCAUCCCCGCUACGACCAGUAA